UGGAAUGUCCUUGCACUUGCUAAGCCCCGAAAUCACUACCAUCAGUUCUGAUAUUUUCCGAUGUUUGAUUCCCACAUCAAUAAAAAUCAUUUCAUAGCUAAUAAAAAACGAUCUGUACAUGUUAAAUAAUUACUGGAUAACUUGUAUUGCGAAUUCCCGGUAGGUAGUGAUCGGUUUCGGGUCAACCACGUAAAAUGCAAGCGAUCAAGUGUGUUGUGGUUGGCGACGGAGCGGUUGGUAAAACAUGUUUACUUAUAAGUUACACGAGCAAUGCAUUUCCUGGUGAAUAUAUACCUACUGUGUUCGAUAACUAUUCAGCUAAUGUGAUGGUAGAUGGUAAACCCAUUAAUUUAGGUCUAUGGGAUACUGCUGGUCAAGAAGAUUAUGAUAGGCUAAGGCCUCUUUCAUAUCCACAAACAGAUGUGUUUCUCAUUUGUUUUUCAUUAGUAAAUCCAGCAUCAUUUGAAAAUGUUCGAGCCAAAUGGUAUCCUGAAGUUAGACAUCAUUGUCCUAGUACUCCAAUUAUAUUAGUUGGUACCAAACUUGAUUUACGAGAGGAUAAGGAAACAAUAGAUAAGUUAAAAGAAAAAAAGCUAACUGCUAUAACAUAUCCACAGGGUCUUUCUAUGGCCAAAGAAAUCGGAGCGGUGAAAUAUUUAGAAUGUAGUGCAUUAACCCAAAAGGGCUUAAAAAUUGUAUUUGAUGAAGCUAUUAGAGCGGUUUUAUGUCCAGUACUGCCAGUUAAACCUAAGCGCAAAUGCAUAAUAAUAUAACAAUCAUGACGAUGUUGUCACUGGUAAAAUGGACUUAACAUCCUACAGUGGAUUGUCCAAGACUGAUAACCAUCAGUUCAUCGAUCGUUACACAUAUUUGUGUAUAAAAACUAACAAAAACAAAAGUUCUUCCUUCAAAAUAAUUGUGCGCACAUAAUAAUUAUUAUGUAUUGUAUAGUAUGGUAAGAAAUUUAUAUAUUAACUAGGGACCUAUAUUUCUGUUGAACAAACUUAUGGCCUAAUUUUUAUAGUCUAAUCAUGUAAUCUAGAUAGCUUAAUAAUUUUUAUAUGAAAAUUUAUGUUUAAAUAUUCUCUAAGUUAUUUGAUUAUCUAAUAUUAUAAAUUAAUACAUACAAUUUUUAUUGUGAAUUUUUUUUCUGAUAAAUUUAACAAUUAGUUUUUCUUUUUGAGUUGCCAGGUGCUACUUAUUUUCUGUAUUUUAUUAAAGCAUUAUUUUAAUUGGUGAUUUGGCCGAAAUUUUAUGUAUCAGAAAAUAAUUAUUUUGUUUGGAAUAAAUAAUAUUAUUUAGUCUAUUUAUAACUUUGAGUUAUGCAUUGAUCUAUUACCAACAGAAUUUUAAAUUUGUUGUAUAAAUACAAUUUAUUAUUAUAAUAUACAGUUUAAAAGUAGCACUAUUAUAAUCAAAAAAUAUUUUAUUUAUUUUAUUAUUUAUUUAUUGCUUUUUACUGAAAAAAUUCAAAUUAAGCACUAUGUAAAAAUUUAUUAAAAGUGUUUAAGAAUUGUGUAUAACUUAAAAGUAAUUUGCAUUUUCAAUGAUAUAGAUAACAAAAAAAUAUAAUGUACAUACAAAUAUUUGACUUAUGUACAAAAUCUUACAAAAAUUUAUAGUAUUAUAACAUUUUAUUGUUAUCAUAUUAAAAUUAAGUUAAAAUAUCAGAAAAUAAAUGUUAUACUAUUUUCUUUUUUAAUUGGGUUUUCUUUAUUAAUUUUGUUAAACCUAGACACAUGACAAAUAAGUUGUGUACAUUUUUUCUUAUAUUUAUUUUUAUUAUAACUUCUUUUGUACAAUAUCAUUAUCUUUUAUUUGAACCAUGUAAUUUUUAAAUAAAUGAUAUAUAUUGUAUAAAAUAAGAUAGUUUUAUUUGUCUAAUUGAAUACUAUAUAUCAACCAAAUAAGAUUUUAUAAAGUCACAACUGUGAUUAAUGAUUUCUAACAUUAGAACUUGUUAAAACAUUUUUUUUUAAACCAAUACUACAUUUAUUGUAUUUUAUAGUUAUUUUAUUUAUAUCAAUUAUUUUAUUUUAUUUAUAUAAUAUUUAAUAUUGUUUUAUGGCUAAUGGUGAUAUUUUAACCAUGGAUCUUAUUCAACCUAUUUUUUAGUUUUUGUAACUUAAUUUUUAAUUCAAUAAUUUGUUAACCAUUAUAUUUCAAUAAUUUAAUAACCAAUUGAUUUUGGGACCACUGUAGAACUUAUAUACAUUUUUAUAUUGACCUAAAGCUCUGGUGUUCGCUCAACAUAAAUGCUUACAAUUGUAAUUUUUUACAGAAAUGUUAACAUAAAUAAUGUAUCUCCUGUAACAAGUGUUUAUGCAAUUUUAAUUUUAGUCAUCUUAGAUUAUAAUUUUGUUACACGAAUGCUUGCUUCAUAUUUCAAAAUAACUUUGUAUUAACAUCUUAAUUUUUAAAUAUGUAUUUAUGCAACUUGACAUCAAUUGUUUACAAGAUUAAGUUUUAAUUAAAUUCUCUAGAUGAAUGAAUGAA